AUGAUUUAAACUGUUAUAUAAGAGUUGCAUAUAUUCCGUCUAUAUCCGAUAUUUCGGAUAAACCUGUAGUAUCAGUGGUCCUGUUCCGACUGUUUUAAUGUCAUUUUACUAGAAAACUGGCAAUGCAUAAGAAACUGAGCUACCAUUAGAUGAAAUAUGGUAGUCCCAGCAGCAUUGAUUCAAGGAGCCAGUAGAGGACUUGGUCUCCAGUUUUGUAAAACUCUGUUGUCAAGGCAACCAGGACUGAAUGUAAUAGCAACAUGUAGGUCACCAGUACAAGCUGAGGAAUUACAGAAACUGAAGUCGGAGCCGUCUACUGGUGGCCGGCUUCACAUACUGGGAGUGGAUGUUAAAAAUGAAUCUCAGAUAGAGGAAGCUGCAGGAAAUGUAGAGAAACAGUUUGGACAGUUGGACCUGUUAGUGAAUUGUGCCGCAAUCUUACAUCCAACAGGACGUGGGGAAACAAGCUUAAAAGAUGUUAACUUGCAGGGACUACAAGAAACUUGCAUAACAAAUGCGUUUGGUCCAUUGUUAAUGGGAAAACAUUUUGGAAAGUUAUUAACAAAAGGAGGUGGCAGUAUAGGAGUGCAGUCAAACGAUGCUAAACCAAACCAUUCUGGUGUUUUGGUGAAUAUAUCUGCUAAAGUUGGCUCAAUUACUGAUAAUGCUCUAGGAGGCUGGUACAGUUAUAGAAUGUCAAAGGCAGCUUUAAACAUGGCCACUAAGAAUCUCAGUAUAGAAUUGGGGCGUGGCAAAAGCAAGGUCAUAUGUGUUUCUCUUCAUCCAGGGACAGUAGAUACGGCACUUUCUCGACCGUACCAUAAAAACGUGAAGAAUUUGUUUACUACAGAACAUAGUGUUUCAAAAUUGUUAACUGUUAUAGACAGUUUGACUGUUUUAGAUAGCGGGAAAUUUUUCACAUACGAUAGAGAGUUAUUACCAUUUUGAAGUAUUUAGAACUUUAUGAAUUUAAUAUUGAUUCUACAUCGUGAAAAUAUAAUUACCAUCUGAGAUUUCAUUUUGAAAUAUUUGAAUAACAAUUGUGCUAUGUCACUUAAAUAGAUGACAAUUGGUUUAGCAUGAAUUUUCAUUAUGUUACCUUAAAAGAGUACCACAUGACUUUUACAGAAAAAAAAUGCAAUCAAGUAUUAAAGGAACUCCACUGAAUUUCAUAAAAUUUGAUUUUCUUACAUAGAUCAACUGGGAUACUAAAACAGAAAAUAUGCAAAAGAUAAAAAAGAAAUAUACUCGGAAAUAAAUUGAAAAUCAUAUUUUCAUGCUCUUCAUUUUUGAGUUUAAAUUAUUAUUAAAAAAAAGAAGCAAAUUAUCUGAAAUUUUGCGUGACACAAGUAAUUGGUUUAUACCUUCAUCAAAUGAAACAUUAAUCUCAUAAAAUUAUUUCCAGUCCCAUAUCAAAAGAACCUCAGUGGAGUCCCUUUAAGAAAAUUAAGAGCGUGAUGCAUCCUGCCUAGUUACCUACAUAAUAUUUUUGAACACAUCCUCCUGCACAUGAGUCUUGUGAUAAUGUGAUAUGUUAAUAGAAGUUAUUAUAUAAAAGCAAGUGUAAACAGUAUUUGUAUGAAAACUUAAUUGUUUUGAGUAAUGAAAUGUUUAAGUGUACAUGAUUGAGUAAAUUAACUUACGUUAAUAAGACAGUCAAUUACUUUCCAUAGGAAUUACCUAUGACUUGUAAAAUAUGCAGAAAUUUAACUCACUGUGUUAGUUAUUGGAUAGAAUUUUUGUGAUUUAAAUAGUAAAUUUAGUAAUACAGUAAAACAUUUGAACCUUGAUAACCAAUAGGGGGACUGAACAUGACCUUUAUAGACAAGUGGUUUUUAUUUGGAGUUUACUCUGCUCUGUUUAAUCAAUGAGAGUGGGGGCUAAAUGACCUUUAUUUACAGAAUGGUCUUUCUUUGGAGGUGGUGUUUAACACAGGAUUUACUGUAUUUUUAAUUUUUGCAAACUACAUUUCAGCCGCGUCAUGACAAAACCAACAUAGUGCGUUUGUGACCAGCAUGGAUCCGCGCAGUCUGAUCAGGAUAUCAACCCUAUUACAAGUAGAGAAACUGAUAGCGAACAGCAUGGAUCCUGAUCAGACUGCGCGGAUAGCCAGGCUGGUCUGGAUCAAUGCUGGUGGCAAACGCACUACUUGUUUGUUGGUUUUGUCGUGAUGUGGCUCAUUUGUACACUGACUUUAUCUCUAAGUUUCGAAACUUUGAAUUAUUUUAUAUGUUUUGUACUUAUACUGAAAACAAGAUCAGGAAUUUUUUUAUUGAAAAUAUUACAGGCUUAUCAAUAUAGUAAGCCUUAUUGUAUUUACUUUCAUUGGUAUGUGUUCAUGUAGUUAUUUAUAUUUAUGUAAAGUUUUUAACCUGUUGUAGAAAUAGUGGAAAGAUAUGACUGAAAAUUUUGAACCAAAUAUUUAAGAAAAUUUUGUGGCACACAUGUUUUGUGCCACAUAAUGAAUGGGCUGUCGUUGCAUAACAAUAUACUGGUAUAUUGUUUCACCAAUAAAUUUUAUACACCACCAGUUGAAAUGUCUGGGGUUUUUUUAUGAUUAUUUUAUGGAAUUUAUCUGCUUUACCCUAUUUGAUAUGGUAUUUGACAAUUCAGGGAAUUUACUUAUAUCAUUUAAAUAUCUAUUUAGAUAAUUAUAUUUCUUAUA